AUGGUCACAGAACUUGUAGCCCCUCGAUAUCCGCCGCUGUCGGUUGAAUCGGACUUGCGUGGCCGUCGAAAGACAACCAUCGCCAAGAUCGUCGCCGCGCUCUCCGCACUCUCCGCAUCACCAGCCACGUGCACGUUCGCCUUUACCAACAGCACCACCGAGCGCAACAGAAGAGCGCCCAUGGCUACCUAUGUCACUUCGGGCCGGUUCUCCGCAGCAAGAAACAAACGACGACUGGAGAGUUCGCCGCCCCGCUGCGGAAACAGCUCGCUCUUUCACUCCGUCCCCGAACCUCCCAAAUGCCACCCUCACGAUAGCGAUGUUGACCGGCCCAACCACCGAAAGGCCCCGCCAACUAGGGGCGGUCUACGUAUUUCAAUGUCAACUUCCCGAUUGCAUAACAGACGGCCCAGGACGCAGGAAUCGCCGGACCGCCGACAAGACGCCCAUUUCAAUGUCAAUGCUCAUUGCCUGCCGUUGCCCCGUUUCCCCUCGAACGGCCCUGCCGAUGAUGAUGGUCCACGGACGAGUGUCAACUCCAAUUUCACUUCACGGUCCAGCAUUGAACAAACGAGUGGAACUGAGCGUAGCAGUGUUCUCACAAAGAGUAGCUCUAUCACGGAUCUAUCACCCGACACACCCUGCGCGCCAUAUGGGAUGGACGAAGGCAUGAGUGUGGAAGAUGCAAUCUCCAUGUAUCUUGACGGCUUCAGUGAUGUGACGGAGGAGCCGGCCUCGCCAAAGUCUCGGGCAGAUAGUAAGGCGCCGUCAAUCACCCCUCCACCGUCACGGGAUACAACUUUUGAAGAACCCCCUCCUCCAAUUCGGACAUCGCUGGACGAUAUUCCGCCUAUCCCUCCCCUGCCAUUAACGGGGUUUCCGGAGCCUGUCCCAUUAGGAUCGAUACCGUCUGACUUCUAUCUUCUCGGGCGCACUGCCCCGGAUCCCCUUGUUGCUGUAGAAUCUCCACCAGAAACGCCGUGGCCAAUGCCCAAUCCAUUGGAACAAAUCCAAUUCGAGGAAACUCAUCCAGAGGCUGUGGUCCCCGAACCAGCGCCUACAUCAUCAUCACUCCCACCUCAGCCGCCAUCACCACCACCUCCACCACCUCCACUCCAAUCAUCGCCUACUCCCCUGUCGCCCCGUCAGCGACAGCCGUCGAAAAUUAUAAUACCCGGUCCCGUCCCACCACCGCUCAGUUCUGGAACUGACACGCGGGAUGACUAUGGCUUUCGCAAAGCGACACAGUACGUCACCUUGGAACAAUACGAGGCUUGGAAAGGUCCCUACUCCAAUUAUGCGGCCCAAAGGCGCGCAAAAUGGCAGGAUCUCAUGAAAGAGAAUGGAUUGCCUACUACCGAUGUUACUACUUUCCCGGCAAAGUCCAAUAAAGUGAAGCGGUUUGUACGAAAGGGCAUCCCAUCCGAGUAUCGAGGUGCGGCUUGGUUCUGGUAUGCCGGCGGGUACGAGCUCUUGAAUCGCAAUGUUGGUCUGUAUGACGAGCUUGUCAAGAAAGUCAUGGCUUCUCCUAGCAACGAUGACAAAGAGCACAUUGAGCGGGAUCUUCAUCGUACCUUUCCGGAUAGCCUCCACUUCAAACCAGAUAUGACUGAUGCUGCCGGAAAAUCUGGAAGUAGCAAUCCCCAGUUUCAGACUGACACCAUGGAGACGUCCAUGAUUCAAUCCCUGCGCCGGGUACUGUAUGCCUUUUCGCUUCACAACCCGAAGGUGGGCUACACACAAUCAUUGAAUUUCAUCACGGGCAUGCUUCUCCUUUUCCUCCCAGAGGAGAAGGCGUUCUGGAUGUUGCACAUCGUGACGUCGGUCUACUUGCCAGGAACGCAUGAGAUCAGUCUCGAGGGUGCGAACAUCGAUCUUUGGAUUUUGAUGGUUCUCUUACGGGACUCCAUGCCCGGCAUCUAUUCUAAGAUUGCCAGUAUGGAAGGGGCGCCACCCACACGAGGCAAACUGCCACCACUCACGUUUUCAUUGGAACUUUACCUUUGGAGACCACCCUACGAGUCUGGGACAUCUUCUUCUAUGAGGGCUCGAAAACAUUUUUUCCGCGUCUCACUCGCCAUCUUCAAAGCAUGUGAGCGCGAUAUUCUCGCUGUUUCAGACCCGAUGGAGGUCUUUCAGGUGGUACAAACCGUCCCAAAGAAGCUUUUGGAUGCGAACACUCUACUCGACGAUUGUUUCAUUCGAAAAAACCGCGUCGGCCAAGGCCGGAUCGAAGAGCUGCGCGCCUCGCGUCGGGUCGCCGUUCGUCAAGAGAAGCUUCGCCGGUCGGUCGCUUUCAGCAAGGGCCAGAUACCAUCAGCGACGGACGAUUUCACGGUCCGUUCUCGCAACCAGGCACCCCGAGUUGAGGAACGGGUGGUGCACUCCUGGCGUCAACUCAAGCAGCAUGCAUUCCGCUAG